CACUCCAUGCUGCCCCGUCACGUGCAGAGGCUGGGCAGAGACUGCAUCGCCCACUGGAACGGUUCUCAGGUUCUCGCCUUGAACAACCCAGUUUCCAGCUCGAUGAGAUGGGCUGGACACUAUCCCUGGGCCUCGUUUCCACUUCCUGUUCCAGUUGAUUUCUCAGCAAACUGGAGAUUCCCUCAGUUUUUUGGACCUUGGAGGCAGUUUCAGAGCUCUAAUUGGCAGCUUGAUAACUUCACGCAAAGUUCUUGCUUUCAUCUACCUAACCCCGUUAUGAGAUCUGAAGGAGAAGAACUGUUGACAAAGAAGAGAAGACUCAGUGGCCAGCAUGAUACUUCAGCUCUUGAGGAAGAAGCGAACUUCUCUAAUCAGAAGGAAGCAUUGUGUCUUUCUGUAGCACAGAAUAAAGAAAAACAUAGCAGCGAGAAAGGAACCAUCAAAAGACACUGGGAAUAUUUCUGUCAGCACAAUAGAACAACGAAAAUCUCUGACAAUAAAGAAGCUGACCAAAGCAAUACAGAAAGUGAGGCAAAAUUUGAUUUUACAGUCAUGUCCUACAAUAUCCUCUCUCAGAAUCUGUUAGAAGAUAACUCCCAUCUGUACAAACACUGCAGGCAACGAUUGUUAAUCUGGACAUACAGAUUUCCCAACAUUCUGCAAGAAAUCAAACAGCUGGAUGCAGAUGUACUCUGUUUACAAGAAGUCCAAGAAGACCACUAUAGAACAGAGAUCAAGUCAAGUUUGGAAUCCCUGGGGUAUCACUGUGAGUAUAAAGUGAGGACAGGGAGAAAACCUGAUGGCUGUGCUAUCUGCUUCAAAACUUCCAAAUUUAGCCUGAUUUCCUCAAACCCUGUGGAAUUUUUUCGCCAUGAUAUUCCACUCUUGGACAGGGACAACGUUGGACUGGUGUUGCUUUUGCAGCCUAGACUUCCCUGUAAAACUAAUGCUGCAGUCUGUGUAGCCAAUACGCACCUGCUGUAUAACCCGCGGCGAGGGGACAUCAAACUGACCCAGCUUGCAAUGCUCCUGGCGGAGAUCGCUAGUGUCGCCCCUCAGGAGGAUGGUACCUUCUGUCCGAUUAUCAUCUGCGGGGACUUCAAUUCUGUGCCUGGUUCUCCACUGUACAGGUUUAUAAAGGAAGGAAAGCUGAAUUAUGAAGGACUUGCUAUAGGGAAGGUUUCUGGACAAGAACAGUUUCCAAGAGGGCAAAGAAUCUUGUCGAUUCCGAUUUGGCCAAAAAAAUUGGGUAUUUCGCAAAACUGUGAAUAUGAAAUAAAACGGCAACCAAAAGAAGAAAACGCAGGAGAAAAAUGCGAAGCCGCGAAACCGGAGAAGGCUCAGGAGAUUGUGCUGGCUUCUGAAAAGUUGUCUUCAAAACUGCAGCACCAUUUUAAAUUGUCUUCAGUCUAUUCUCAUUACUUUCCUGAAACUGGGGUACCAGAAGUAACAACUUGUCACUCCCGCAGUGCUGUCACGGUGGAUUAUAUUUUCUAUUCGGCAGCAAAUGACGAUACUGCUGCCCAGCCAGGAGCAGAGGAUUCUUUUCAUGGAGGUCUGAAACUUCUUGGCAGGCUGGCACUUCUAACAGAGAAAGAUCUUUGGACUGUUAAUGGUCUUCCCAAUGAAAACAACUCCUCUGACCACCUGCCACUGCUAGCAGAGUUUAGGCUUGUUGAACGGUAAUAGCCAAAGGACCCUCUGUGUAGGUACCUCACCUUCACCUUCUCUCUUCGUGUGAUUGUUUAU